AUGACCCACCGCUGCAGGAGAUCCUCCGGUCUCUGGAAGAUUGUGGUAUGGGAUGAGGCUUUCUUCCAGGGCAAGAAGCACGAGUUCACCGCCGACUGCUACAGCACCCCGGAGCAUGGCUUCAGCACUGUCCGCUCCUGCAAGAUUGAGAGCGGGGCGUGGGCAGGCUUCGAGCACUGCGGCUUCCAGGGGCAGCAGUUUGUGCUGGAGCGCGGCGAGUACCCAUGCUGGGAGGCGUGGAGCGGCAGCAAUGCCUACCACGUGGAGAGGAUGUGCUCCUUCCGCCCCAUUGCCUGUGCUGACCACGGGCGCAGCAGGCUGAUGCUCUUCGAGCAGGAGAACUUCCAGGGCAGGCGGGGGGAGCUCAGCGACGACUGCCCCUCGCUGCCCGCCCUGGGCUGGGGCAGCAGCGCCGUGGGCUCCUUCCUUGUCCGCUCCGGCGCGUGGGUCUGCUCGCAGUACCCGGGGUACCGGGGCUUCCAGUACCUCCUGGAGAGCGACAGCCACGCGGGCGAGUACAAGCACGUGCGGGAGUGGGGCUCCCACGCGCAGACGGGCCAGGUCCAGUCCAUCCGCAGGGUCCAGCAGUGA